UAUUGCAGUCAAACAGCUGAUGGCAGUUAGAAUAUCGUUGUUGAAUUUACCGGCGUUUUAUUUGUUUAUGUUGUGAAAUUAUUAUGCGCCAUGUCUGAUAAUGAGGAGGAAAAAGCAACUGGCGAAGUGGAAAACACAGAUGCCACAGAAGCUACAGCAUUGCCCGAGUCAAACAAUGAGACGCUAACCGAUGAGGAUUUGGCCAAUCUGGUGACAGCCGAAGAGUAUUUGCUGCGCAAAGAUGUCGUGCUGUUGGAGUACGAGAAGCAAAUGUUUCUGGACUUGAUACACCAGGAUGGACUCUUAGUGUGUGCCAAGGGACUGAGCUAUGAGCGUGUGCUAAUCAACAUUUUAAAGGUGUACAGCGAUGCGGGCAAUUUGCUGCUGGUGGUGAACAGUUCCGACUGCGAGGAGCAGUACUACAAGUCACAGCUGGAGGCCAAAUAUGUGCACGAGGUGGCCAACACAGCCACCGAGCGCGAACGCGUUUAUCUCGAAGGCGGCAUUCAAUUCAUUAGCACUCGCAUCCUUGUCGUGGAUCUGCUGAAGCAACGCAUACCCAUUGAGCUGAUCACUGGCAUCAUUGUGCUGCGUGCCCACAACAUCAUCGAGAGCUGCCAAGAGGCGUUCGCCUUGCGUUUGUAUCGUCAGCGCAAUAAGACGGGCUUCAUCAAAGCGUUCUCGAGCAGUCCCGAAUCCUUUACCAUUGGCUAUGCGCACAUCGAGCGCACCAUGCGCAAUUUGUUUGUCAAGCAAUUGUACAUUUGGCCCCGGUUUCAUGCCACCGUCCGUGCAGCACUGCAUCCGUGGCAAACACAAACGAUCGAGCUCCAUGUGCCGUUGACCACAAGAAUCAGCUCGAUACAGACGCACAUUUUGGAUAUUAUGAACUUUUUGGUGCGCGAAAUCAAGCGCAUCAAUCGCACCGUUGACAUGGAGGCCAUCACCGUGGAGAAUUGUGUGACAAAGAAGUUUCACAAGAUUUUGCAGGCGCAACUCGAUUGCAUUUGGCAUCAGCUCAACUCGCAAACGAAACUCAUUGUCGCUGAUCUGAAGAUACUCCGCAGUCUGAUGAUUUCCACCAUGUAUCACGAUGCUGUCAGCGCUUAUGCGUUGAUCAAACGAUAUCGGGGCACCGAGUACGCCAUCAGCAACUCAGGCUGGACGCUGCUCGAUGCCGCCGAGCAGAUCUUCAUGCUCUCCAAGCAACGCGUCUACAAUGGACAGAACGAAUUCGAGCCCGAACCUUGCCCCAAGUGGCAGCCACUGACUGAGCUGCUGACCACUGAGAUCCCUGGAGACAUGCGACGACGACGCGGCGCCGAUCACCUGGAGCCGCCCAAGGUGUUGAUCCUUUGCCAGGACGCACGCACCUGCUACCAGCUGAAGCAGUAUCUGACCCAAGGCGGAGCACGCUUUCUGCUGCAGCAGGCGCUGCGUCACGAGGUGCAGGUGGGCAAGGUGAGCGAGCAAUUUACACGCGACAGUCAAAGCGCAGCGAUGGCCGAAACAGAGACGCAGACAAAGACGAAGACGAAGAUCAAGACGGAGGCAAAGCAGGCGACAAAUGAAUCCAAAUUGGAGGAAACAUCAACGCAAUUCGAUGAGCUGACGCAGUUGCUGCUGAGCAAUGAUGAUGCCGAGGCGCAACAUUUGUUCGAGGAGAGCUACAUGCUGACCAUGACCCAAGGAUUGCCAAGUGCCGCUGAAGCGGAUGUCGAUCCGAAUGCCUCGAUCUUUGAGAUUAUACCCGAGCUGGAGCAAUUCGAUGUCUCGGCUGCUUUGGCCGCACAUCGUCAGCCCUGCAUUUGCCUGCAAACCUUUAAGACGGAACGCGAGGGCGCCAUGGCCCUGGAGCACAUGCUCGAACAGAUGCAGCCACACUAUGUCAUCAUGUACAACACGAAUGUGACGGCGAUUCGCCAGCUGGAGGUCUUUGAGGCGCGUCGUCGUCGUCUGCCCGCCGAUCGCAUGAAGAUCUAUUUCCUCAUUCACGCUCGCACCGUCGAGGAGCAAUCGUACUUGACCAGCUUGAGGCGCGAGAAGUCCGCCUUUGAGCUGAUCAUCGACACCAAGAGCAAAAUGGUGAUACCCGAGUACCAGGAUGGCAAAUCCGAUGAGGCCUUUGUGCUGUACAAGAGCUACGAGCACGAAGAGGACGCGGCGAGUUCUUCGAAUGCCCAAACCCGUCGAGGAGCUGCCACUGGAGCAGCUUUGGCCGUCGCCGCUGUGACGCCCAAAGUGAUUGUGGAUAUGCGAGAAUUUCGGUCCGAUUUACCGUGUUUGAUACACAAACGUGGACUGGAAGUGGUCCCAGUGACCAUCACGAUUGGCGAUUACAUUCUGACGCCCGAUGUGUGCGUCGAACGCAAAUCGAUAUCGGAUUUGAUUGGCUCGUUGAACUCGGGUCGAUUGUACAAUCAAUGCGUGCAGAUGCAGCGAUAUUAUGCGAAACCGAUUCUGUUGAUUGAAUUCGAUCAGAAUCGUCCGUUUCACCUCCAAGGCAAAUUCAUGUUAUCCCAACAGACGACGGCAACGAAUGCGGACAUUAUGCAAAAGUUGCAACUGCUCACGUUGCACUUUCCCCGGCUGCGUCUCAUUUGGUCGCCGUCGCCUUAUGCCACCGCUCAGCUCUUCGAGGAACUGAAGCUGGGCAAAGCCCAACCCGAUGCUCAGACAGCCGCCGCCUUGGGCAGCGAGGAAGCGGCCACCGGAGCCGGUGGAGAGCAAUUGCAAUUCAAUAAUGCAAUUCACGAUUUUCUCCUCCGUCUGCCGGGCAUUCAAACGCGAAAUGUUCACGGACUUUUGCGACGUGGCGGUAGCUUGCGAGAGCUGCUGAAGCGCAGCCAAGCGGAGCUUGCGGAUCUGCUGCAGUCGCAGGAGAGCGGCAAGCUGCUCUGGGACAUCCUCCAUGUGGCGCAUCUGCCCGAGAAGGAUGAAGUCGCCGGCUCCUCGGCGCUGCUGGCGGCGAGCAAACAGUUUGGCAGCGGCUCACACAAUCGCUUUCGCAAAGCGGCGGGCGAAGCGAGACGCGGGAGGCGAUAAAACGCAGUUUGGAUAACUUUGGAUAAACCGUUUAAGCAGUGGUUGGAAAACCAGAUAAGUCAAUAAGUGGAGGAAGGAAAAUUAUAAGGAUAAAUUUAUAUAUCCAGUGUAGAAGAGAAU